AUUCGUGCCACUGGUCCUUCAUCUCCCCUUUUCCUGCCUUUGUUGCCGAGUGGAUUCUUUCUUCCCCGUUCUCAAGAUUUACUGUCGACAUGGCUUCACUACACUUCUGCUCGGAAUGCAACAAUCUCUUGUACCCGAAGGCUGACCAGCAGCGAAGAAUUAUGGUCUAUGCGUGCAGAAUAUGCAAUUACGAUGAGAUUGGCGAGAACAAAUGUGUAUACCGGAACGAUUUGCUUACCGUUACAAAAGAGCAGGUCGGCGUGACCACGGAUCUCAUGAACGAUCCUACACUGGCUCAUGCGAACAUGGAGUGUCCUUCAUGUCAUCAUAACGAGUGCGUAUCUUCCUCCGUUCUCACUGAGAUCUUUUGUCUCUUUGGGGUGGCUCACAGAUGGAGAACCCUUCACAGCGCUGUGUACUUCCAGGAUCAGUCAAAACGGAAGGAAACACGCAUGAUCCUAUUCUACGUCUGUACAAGAUGCAACCACGAGUAUACAGACCCAACUGUCUCUCGGCAAGAUAUAGACACGUAGCCCACAACGCUUUGUCGAGGAGCAUCGCAGCUGCUGUGUGCUUUACCAUGGGGGCUUUGACACUCGCGGACAUUUCAAUCAUUCUUUGUAAAAGUACUAUCUUAGUUCUGUCAAUGAAUACCCUAUCAUAUAUAGCUAUAAUCCGAUGAGCAACUCUAUGUGCACAC